UGGGAGAAGCAGAACCUUAGCACAGACUGGAGUAAUUAAGGAAAAGGAGGCGGGCUCUUGGCUCCUUUCGAAACCACGCGGGCCCAUAUUGGCCUCGUGAUGGUUGGUGCGCUGUGGUUUCCUUCUCUCCGAGAUGAUUUGAACAGGCUGCGAGGACCCUUGGGGAGGCUGGAUUGCGGAAGCGCAGAGGCAUCUGGGAGCGGCCGUUGGUUUCUGGGGCCCAGGGAGCUAAGACGGCAGCGUGCGCAGGAGGCAAAAGAGACAGGCCUUCCUCCCGUCGCCCUGGGGUAAGUGAGCUCUUCACUCGCGAGGAAGCUGAGGCCGUGGAAAGAAAGUGCAUCGAAUGCUGUGGGAUAAAACCACGAGUUUCUUCUAACUUGACACUGGAGUUAAUCCCUGGGUUUUCUUGGCAAAGAAACUGGAGUGGUUUGCCAUUUCCUUCUCCAGCUUUUUACAGAUGAAGAAAUUGAAGCAAACAGAUUUCAACUGCCUUUGAAUGCUACUGUAGGUAUGGAGAAGAUUGAAGAACAUUUUGCAAAUCUGUCCAUUGCUAGACGUUCUGCAGUGACUAAAGAGCCCACAUACCUCCUUGACAUAGACAUUUCAAAAAAUAUACAGGAAGAAAAUGGAUGCAUAGUAGCGGUUUCGUGUUCCAAUGGAUCAAUUAGACUAUAUAAUAAUGAGACAUUAAGUUUGCUAAGGAAAUUUAAUGGACAGCCUGGACUCCUUAAAGGAGUCAGAUUAGCAAAUUCCAGUUCCCAUGUAUUUUCAGCAUGCACAGACGGCACUAUAAAAUGUUGGGAUAUACGCUUAUCUGGCGAAACACCAGUCCAGGUGUUUAAGGGUUAUCCUUCCAAUGUUUUCAUCAGUUUUGAUAUUAAUUGUAAUGAUCAUAUAAUUUGUGCUGGCACUGAAAAAGUUGGUGAUGAUACUUUGAUGGUAUUCUGGGAUGCAAGAAUGAGUUCUCAAAAUACAUGCCCUGUUAAAGCCCCAUUAGGUGUUUAUUCAGAGACACACAGUGAUGAUAUAACCCAGGUGUGUUUUCAUCCUGACAACCCUAACAUGAUAGUAUCAGGAUCAACUGAUGGACUUGUGAAUGUUUUUGAUAUAAGCAUUGACAAUGAAGAAGAUGCCCUGAUUGCAACUUGUAACUCUGGUUCAUCAGUAAGUUCUGUUGGUUGGUCAGGGAAAGAAUACAGGCAGAUUUAUUGUAUGACACACGAUGAAGGAUUUUGUUGGUGGGAUCUUUCCAAUUUAGAUACUGAUCAACCAGUCACAAGUUUGAAUAUCCAGGAUGUCAGAGAAGUAAUUAAUGUGCAAGAUGGAAAUCUGGAUUAUUUGGUUGGUGGGUUAUACCAUGAAAAAACAGACCAACUGUUGGUUGUUGGAGGAACAAAUACAGGAAUUAUUCACUUAAUAAACUGUGGCUCUUCAGGAUUGACAUACAUGAGAAGCCUUGAAAGAGGGCAUUCUGCCACGGUUCGUUCCUUCUGUUGGAGUAUGCAGGAUGAUGCUUUACUAACUGGUGGAGAGGAUGCACAACUGUUACUUUGGAAACGUGGAGCUACUGAAAAGACUCUUGCAAAGAAGGAUAACAUGAAAAUAGCUUCCUCUGUGCAGAAACGUGUUAGAGUUCACAGCAAUGAUUCUUACAAAAGUAAGAAAAAGCAUAGUUGUUAAAAUUGCUUGUGAUCUUGGUUGGUCAUAUUUCAAUUAAUUAACUCUUUCUGCAUAUAGUUUUCUACUAUAUAUUAUAGCCUUCAUGUGCAAAUGGUCCAAAUAAACUUUUUGAAGUAGAGAAAAUUUGAUUUAGAUAGAGCUUGAAAUGUCAUAAAAUGAAACACUUUUGAAUUCAAAAGAACAAUCUGAAUAUAAUUUUUAAAAACUUACCAUUGUUAAAUUGAUAGAUGAUAUAUUUUAAAAUUAAUUUUAAUUUUAAAAGCAAGCCUAUUCUUGAGCUAAGAAUCUAAUGACACUUUUAUUGACUUGUCUCUAUAUUUAGGAUUUUUCAAAGCAAAGGCUUUUUUUUCCUUAACAUAUCAACUUUUUGUUUUUAGCCUUGAAUUAAAUUAUGCAUUUGGAAGCUAUUGCUUAAUAUACAUAUUUUGGUUUAUAUUAUUUACAUAGUUAUGUGCAACAAUCUAAAUAGAAUUAAUUUUUUUAAAUGGUCAAUAUGUAUCUUUAAAAAUGAAUAAAAUAUCUAAAGUAAUUAUUUGAAUUUUAAAUAAAAAAUGAUAGCUUCAGGGUUGAUGGCGAGAAGAUGACUGGGGUGAGGGAAAUAGGUGGCUAAAAGGAAUAGGAAGCAUACAUAGUUGUUGUAGUGGAGCUACCGAGUAACAGUGGGCUAAGGGAAGUUCACAAUCACCAUUGAGGAUGGUUCUGUCCAGGCAUGAGUUCCAAAGCAGAGUAUAUAAUUCUUGUAAACUUUAUCUCAUAAAAAAGUAAUUUGGGUCCAUAAUAAUAGUUUUUGAAAUGGAAAUUUAAUAGAAUUAGAUCUGGAAGUGACCUUAGAGAUCAUCUAGUACAACUUCUAUUAUUUUACACAUGAGGGAACUGAGGCAUCGGAAAGCUUAGAGACUUAACCCUAGAUUAGGUGGUAAGUGGUGGAGCAAAGAUUUGAACCUUUAUCUGACUCAAAACCUAGUGCUCUUUCAUUGUACCAUGCUACUCUUAAUCCAGCCUAUGCCUGAACAAUAAUACUUUCUAUAACAUGGAUGACAAGUUGUCACCUAUCCUUUGCUUGAAAGGAAACUUCUCCAUAUAGGUCAUUCUACUUCUUAGCUCUGUUAGGAAGACCUUUUUUCCUGACGUAAAGGAAAUUUACCUCUUUGCAAUUUGAAUCCAUUGCACUUGGGUUCUGGCCUCUAGAACCACAUUUUCAAUUGUUUUGUUCAUGUCUGACACUUUGCAACCUCUUUGGGGGGUUUUCUUGCAAGGCAGA